CGCGUGUGGGAUCGCGGCACUUCCAGCGGCUCUGGAUUUCUCCGGGAGGAGAGGAGGAGAGGGGCUCCCAGAGGGUCUGGGGGUCCCUCCGGAGGGUCUGGGCUCCCCUCCGGCUGCGGGCUGAGCUUUCCGCAGAUGCAGCCGCAACGGGAGCGAUGCUCCGGGCGCGCUCCGGCAGCCGGGGCAGCAUCGCCGCUGAGCGUUCUGUGAAUAUUUAUAAAGACGAAAGUUUUGAGCCGUGUCACUGGAACCAGCGUGUCGCGCCAGUGCUUUCCCUGAUGAAUAUUUCAAUUAUUAAUUGCUGCCGCGGGGCUGCUCGCAGUCGCGGCGCCUCCAGCCGGGCGCUCGCCCCUCAGCGCCGAGGGCUCGGAGCCCUGCGCGCAGUUUUGCCUCGGUUUUAGGUUUUUUUGGUAGACAGAAGUAAAAAUAAACGCGAGCCGUGAGCGCUGUGGCGCCCGCUCGGCUCCGUGUGAUGAUUUCCAGCCUUUUCGAGCUCGAGCGUCUCUUGCGGUUCGGGAGAAAACAGUCGGUGCUGCUGUAAUGAAACGGGAACAUCAAUUAUUCCCCAGCGGGAGACCUCUCGACGAACCUGCAGAGUGGAUAUUCGGAGCUCAUUCGCCGCUGGUGGGAUUCUCCCCUUCUUCCAGCGUGGAGCUCCUGCCGGUGCUGCCGCCCGUGUUCGCAGCCGCGGUGCCGCCGCACGGGAAGGGCUGGAUGGACAAAAGGCUGCCCAGCUGCAAAAUCUACCUGAACAAUGCCUUUGCCCUGGAUUCAGCCUGGAUGCAGCCUGAGGAGUCCAGGCUGUUCCAGGGGGCUGAGAAGCCUCUGCUGCUGAGCAAUCAAGUGGCCAUGGCUGUGGCCAGGCCAGCUGCUGCCUCCAGACCGCUGCCCACGCUCGUCCUGGCCCCUCAGCUCAUCCCAGGUGGUUGCCAGAACAGCCUUAAAGCCGUGGGUGGCUCUCAGAGCCUGGCACUGCUGGCCCUGGAGCCCGAGGCCCCCGUGGGGCCGAGCCUCCAGCCCUGCCAGCUCCUCACCCUCUCCCCCAUCAAGGUCCCACUCCUGGCCUCACCUUUCCCAGGUUCUGCCUCCAGGCUGGACACGGCCGUGGGCCCCUUGGUGCCAGCACAGGUCGCCCGUGUCACCGCCGUGGCCGCGCCCGCCGUCACCCUCAUGGCCACCAAGCUGAUGGAGCCGGCUCGGGCAGAUCGUGGCAAGGAAUCGAGCAGAGCCUCCCGGCCGCCCACGCUGAUCCUGCACACGGAGAGGAAGAGUGGCCCCACGGGCAGUGACAGUGACAAGGACCACUCCUUCAAGCUCGUGGCUGAGGCUGACAGCGCUUCCAACGGGAACAAGCCCGUGGCAUCCACCCCAGUGCCAGGAUCCCCGUGGUGUGUGGUGUGGACUGGAGAUGACCGGGUGUUCUUCUUCAACCCCAGCAUGCAGCUGUCGGUGUGGGAGCGGCCGCUGGACCUGCGGCACCGCGGGGACAUCGCGCGCCUGCUCGAGGACCCCCCGCACAAGCGCAAGCUGGAGGCUGCAGCAACAGACAAGUGUGUUAGCUCUUGUCCAGGGGAUGAAAACGAUGAUCUGAGCAUCAAAACCAAGAGAAAUAAAACAGAGGAGUGCCAGGCUGCGGGGGCUGAGGAGGAGCAGGGAGGGGAGGAAGGCUCGGCCAGCCGGAUCUCACCGCCCCUGGAGGAGAGGAUCACCCACUUCAGGGACAUGCUGCUGGAGAGGGGGGUGUCGGCGUUCUCCACGUGGGAGAAGGAGCUGCACAAGAUCGUGUUUGACCCGCGCUACCUGCUGCUGAACCCCGAGGAGAGGAGGCAGAUUUUCGAGCAGUUUGUCAAGACCCGGGUCAGGGAGGAGUACAAAGAGAGGAAGAACAAGUUGCUGUUGGCCAAGGAAGAGUUCAAGAAGCUUCUGGAAGAAUCCAAGUUAUCCCCAAGGACAACCUUCAAGGAAUUCGCCGAGAAGUACGGCCGGGACCAGCGCUUCCGCCUGGUGCAGAAGAAGAAGGACCAGGAGCACUUUUUCAAUCAGUUCAUUCUUAUUCUCAAGAAGAGGGACAAAGAAAACAGGAUAAGGCUACGGAAAAUGAGAUAAAAGCAACUGAAAGUGGCAAUAAAGACACGCCCAGGCCGUGGCUGCGGGAGGGGAUUCCAAGGAAGGAUGAAAAACGCUCGGGGUCCAAGAGCACCACCAGGAGUGGGAGAUCCCGAGGGAAGAGCGGCUCUGAACGGAGCCUGGGGAGCCCCCAGCGGAUUUGGGAAAGGCUAUUUUGGAUAUUUUGUUCUCCAAGAAUUAAUGUUUCAUAUUGAAGCUCUCUUUUUGUACAACAUCCCGAGUUUGAUGCAUUUCUAAUUGCCAUGAUAUGUCGAUCCCUUAAUUGUUUUAAUUAUGCAAAUUACUUGUAAUAUACACAAGUUAUGACUCCGAUGCAGAUUUAUAAUUAAGCAGAAGCAGAUGCCAUCCAGAGCAAUCUCAAGGCAUUUCCAUCAUUUAGGGGAAUUAUCUCCAGCAAUCUUUUGGCCACUCUGCAUUUCCACCAAGUGCGUGGGGUCCGGUGGUCUGCAGGAUCCGCUGCCGCUGCUCAUCCGUCUCUGUCCAGUCCUCUGAGUAGUAGUGAUCAGCUAUUAAUUGUUAAUCUUGGUGAAGAGUGUGAAAAUCUUGGCACAUGUUCCAUAGGAGAGCUCUCCGACCCAGAACUUCCCGCGGGCGCCACGUCCCCCUCAGCCUUCCCACCCCAGUUCUGUGCUGAAGCCAUCCCAGUCGGAUUUGGGUUCUGUUCCUGUGUGUGAAGAGUCUGCAUGAGAUUUUUCUCAUCAUAUUUGUAU